AUACGUCCCAUGUCUGUGUCACAGCCCUGCGUGUGUGACGGCCACCCAGCACCGGGUCAUGUCCCAAAGAGGCCCUGGCAGCUUCUCUGGAAGGCCCCAGUGCCCUUCCUGCUGCAGCUGCAUCGGCAACCGUGGGGGCUCCUUCUGCUGCCCUGAGCAGGCAGAGCAGAGGAACAUCUGCUUGUUGUUUGAGCCGCUCCUCAAGUUCCUCUUGGGCUGUCCUCAACAUUCAGGGAACAUCUUCCUUGCAAGCUGGACAAGUUUGGGGGGGGUGGGGUUGUCCCCAGGGCACGUGGGGGUGUGUCCUAGGGCUCUUUGUGACACAGAGCACCGUGGUCACCGUGGGAUGGAACAGAACACAGCGUACAAGGGUGACCCUUUGUGACACGCGGUGACAUAGGUGCUGGCAGCGACACGGCCACGCCACAGUGCUCGGUGCACGCGUCGGGACAGGACGGAGAGAGCGGUGCUGUGAGGAGCCCCCGCACAGCCAGCUCGUUCCUUGCUGACCCGGAGCUUUCCCGAAGUGCUACCUGUGCAGGUGACCUCGAGGCCAGACUGCGGGACUCGGCGAGCCGGAGCAUUUCCAAAGCAUCUGCCGUCCCUGCAGCCGCUGCCCUCGAGGACAGACUGCAGGACUUACUGUCCUUCAGCCUUCCCAAGGCUUCUCUGUUGCAGCUGUGCUUUCAAGGCACAACUGCAGCACUUGAUCUUUGAGCUUUUCCCAGGCAUCUCUCCUGCAGGCCAUCCUAACACCAGAGACAUGGAGCAGACCCCCCCCAUGGUGCCCAAGCUGGCCUGGGUGAAGGAGGAGGAGGAGGAGGCUGCAGCUACCUCAGCACAGCAGCCUGGAGAGCUGGAGCAGCUCCAGCUGCUGCAGGAGGGUGCAGCCAUGGACUGGACACAAGAGCAGGACCCUGCCCGUGGCCGCUUCCGCAGAGCAGCGCAGAUGAUCUGUGAAUUCAUCGUGCGCGUUUGGCGGGAAGAGGCCACCGCUUUGGGCACUGGGCCUUCGGCAAACUUUCACCUCUUCAGUGCUGAGACCAGUGCUGCCAUGCUGGAUUUGCUUGUGGAGAAGGGUGUCUCCAAUCCAAAACAAGUGCCAGCCAUGGUGAGGUACAUCCACAAGUGGCUCACGGCCAAUGAGUCUGCUGGGCACAGGCUGGACAAGGCCCUUCUGGAGCUGACCAAGGAAUACCCCUGGGAUGUGCUGAUGACUCUCUUGCGCUGGGCCCCAUCGGGUGACAGAGCUGCUGCGGCCAUGUGGGGGGUGAUCCUGACCUCCACGGGGACUGCGGAGCCGGCGCUGCAGAUCCUCAUCACUGUGCUGAGCGCCUGGCCAGUGGACACCUCUGUGUACACCUCUGAUGGGGACAGCACAGGAGUCUUUGCUCUGGCUGCAACCGUGACACUGUGGAAUGUCUUCAACUGGACCUGGUGCCCACCUAUAGUGUUGGAGUACUCCCCCUCUCUCUUUCUGCGUCUGCUCUUCCAAGUUUACAUCAGCACACUGUAUACACCAGAGGAGGUUGAUACCUUCUGGAAGGAAUGCCAGAAGCAACUCGGCCUUGCCACCAACCCCCAAAGGUUUGCAGUGCAGACUCUGAAGGUGCUGCUCUGCCGAGUGCAAUGUGAGCAUGUGGUGUUGGCCAUGGAGCGCAAGGGUGGCUGGGACACGCUGCUCUAUGCUGGCACCCACCACUAUGCAGUGGGUCUGCUGGCCAGGGAGAUGCACGGUGUCUCCGUGUAUUGGUGUCACUACAUCGUGUCCUAUCUCUUGGAGUUACUCAGCCAAGGCAUUUCAGACUGGGAACUGCCUGCCAUGGCGUUCCUUGUGGAGCUCCUGGAGUUCGUGGACUUCAGUAAAUGGGCUGACGGCAUCCUGGAGAUCAUGCCAAGGCACCUGCAGAGCGAGUCCAAGGAGAUGCAGCGCCUGGCUCUCAGAGGCCUCGUGGUGCUCAGCAGGGACCCCUCGAUGAACAAAAGAAUGCAUAGCCUGACUGAACGCCUUGUGGACCUGCUGCGGGAUGCAGAUGAAGAAAUUGUUGAGACGAGCGCCGUCGUGCUCAGCGCUCUGCUGCCGCAAAGAGACCUCGCCAUACCCAGCCCCAUCGCCCUGCGGCUGGCUGCAGCGCUCUGGCCACUCCUGGACAAUGACAAAUGCCAAGUGCAGCUGCUCUCCAUUCGCCUCUUCCAAGAUGUGAUGAGGUUGGUAGAGGCAAAGGGGAAAAAGGCCCUGAAGAUGCUUGUGAGCAAGAGCCUGCUCCCACUCUUCUUCAACUGCCACAACGAGAACGUGCGCGUGGCAGAGGCCUCUCGGGAAACGCUGCUUGCUGCAGUGAGCUUCCUCAAGAGGAGGGAUCUGGAACACCUGGUGGUGACUGCUCAGAUGUGGAGGUUUGGGGAGUGCUUGCUGGCACAGGACAGGGACCGAGCGGCCGAGCACCUGCGGCAGGCCCUGCCGUACCUGCGGAGCCCACAGGAGCCCCUGCGAGAGGCGGCCGUCCGCUUCCUGGGGCUGGCCGGGCGGUUCCUGAGAGAGCAGCAGCGAGAGUUGCAGCUCCUGAGCAGGGCCCUUCAGGACAUGGCAGAUGACAUCAGCCCUGCCAUCUCAUGCCUGGCACUUCAAACUCUGUACAUAAACAUGGCUGUACAGAGCAUUCCCUCCUCCCGACUCGAGAGGAUGCUAGAUCGAUUCCGCAGGCUCUGGAAGUCACGGCCUUCCCUGGGUGGCCGUGGCCAGUUCUCCUGCUGGAGUGCUGUGGAGAACUGAUGUGGGAGGGUGCAUCUGCUGGGGCCAUCUGAGCCUGCAGGAAAACCUCUCUUCUUCUUCAUGUACUUUAUUUCAACCUACUGUAAAUAAUUUAGUAAAUUAGUAAAUUCUUAGUUAGGUAAUUAGGAAUUAAUAGGAUUAAUAAACUGCUGUCGUUAUACAC